AUGUUGACAAAUCAUCGUUUUAACAUAGUGGUAGUUUUUCUGCUGAUCUUCAUCAAUACAAUAACCACCCUUUGGUUCAAUCAACCCCAGUUCUGUCCAACAGUUGAAUGGAGUAGAGAUGCAGUCACUUUUGCCAAUACAUCUACAACUGGGUCUAACGAGGGUGAUAUAUUUAUCGACGCAAACAAUACGAUUUAUAUUACUGUUUCUCAAAGAAAACAAAUUCUGAUUUGGCACGAGAACACCACUUAUCCAAGGACAAUCGGAAGAGACGAUUGGUCGCUCAUUUUUUCUAUAUUUGUUCCCAAUACCGGUGAAAUUUAUAUUAGUUUUUCUGAUGGCAAAAUUAUUAAAUGGAUGGCAAGUACAAGUACAUUUGUGAACAUUACGCACUUUCAACAACCUUGUCGAGACAUUUUCAUCGACAUCGAGAAUCAUUUAUAUUGUUCAUUCUAUGAUCUGGCUGUAGUUGUGAGGACAUCAAUAAAUGGGAAAACGCCGAUGAUGAUUAUGGCUGGUAUUACGAACAUCGCUGGAUCAACUCCUGAUAGACUGUACGGUCCUUCAGGAAUCUUUGUUGAUACAAAUUUGGAUUUAUACGUGGCAGAUACGUGGAAUAGCAGAGUACAAUUAUUCUCGUCGGGGAAAUAUAUUGGAAAAACAGUGGCAGGACAAAGUUCAUCAGAUAUCACAAUUGUACUCAAGCGACCACACUCAAUUGCCUUAGAUGCUGACAAAUAUCUAUUCAUUUCGGACUAUGCAAACGGUCGCAUCGUUGCGUCAGGACCAAAUGGUUUUCGAUGUUUGCUCGGUUGUGAUGGAAUGGGUAAACAACCUCAUCAAUUAUAUUAUCCGAAGGCGAUUAGUUUUGAUGUCCGUAAGAACAUAUUUGUUUAUGAUGCGGCCAAUCAACGAUUUCAAAAAUUUGAUUUACAGAUAGAUUCAUGUCAAAAUGUUCCAGUCACGACCCAAGUGACAUAUUCAUCGAUGUUAACACGAAAUCAUACAAAAUUUUCACGCACUAGAUUCUAUCAUAUAUAUUACCAUCUUGAAGCGAUAAAAGUAGUUGUCGAUAAAAAUGACUUUUACGUUAUCACUGCCAACAGUAGUAUCGAUCUCUAUGGUCAUAUAUACAAAGAUCAUUUCUAUCCCGUGGAUCCUACAAAGAAUCUAAUUGCCUGGUAUGGCAAAUGUUGUAACAAAGAUCAGUUCAACUUCACAAUUGAACUUCUUGUCGGCACGCAAUAUAUUCUAGUUGUAACGACAUACAAUCCAUAUGAUACAGGCCCGUUUUUAGUCACUGUAUUCGGUUCAUAUCCGGUUCGUUUUGAACGCAUUAAUGCAUCGUUAGCCACUUACUUGAAGUAUUCGUCGGAACUAACAACAGACAGCCAAGUAUAUAACAAUCUUUGCGAUCGUUCAUAUUUUUACUAUGAAACUCUACGACUGACUGUAUCCACCGAUGGAUAUUAUGUUUUCUCUACUAUUAAGCAUCAAAAAGAACACAUGUAUUUCUACAAAAAUCAUUUCAAUCCAUUGGAUCCACGCCAAAAUUUACUUUUGUUCAUGGAGACGAUCUAUUUUUGUGAUUUUUGGAACCAUGAAGUCGCAGAAACAUAUAAGCUUCAAUCUCACAUCACAUAUAUAUUAGUUGUAACAACUAAUCAACCAUUGACAACACAAGCCUUCUCAAUUGCCUUGUACGGCCCAACAAAUUUUACUCUUCAACGCUUUAUUGACAACUCCACUUACUGCUAUGUUGGUGGUCUAUGUAACACUCAAGUCAAAGGCAUUGGUCUCACUCUCGAUGAUAUUCUUCGACUGGAAGUCAAUCGAAAUAUGAGCAUUCAUGAUCAACGACUUUCUAUCAAAAUCAGCGGUGUUUUGACAGUGGUCAUGCUCAUUGUGAGCGUCGUUAGUAGUCUCUGUACAUUUUUGACAUUCCAAAACCAAAAGUCACGAACAGUCGGAUGUGGAUUAUAUUUUCUGACAUCAUCAGUUACUUCUUUUCUCACAAUCACUAUGUUCACAAUCAAGUUUUGGUUCGUUGUCGGUACACAAAUGAGUCCAUUUGUUCGUCAGUCUGUUCUUCAAGCUGGUUGUAAGUCGAUUGAAUGUCUUCUGAAAUUGUUCUUCUACUGGGAUGCUUGGCUCAGUGCAUGUGCGGCAGUAGAACGCUCAGCGAGUGUUUACAAAGGAGUGCGUUUUGAUAAGGAGAAAAGUAAACGUUUCGCUCGAUGGAUCAUCUUCGCCUUGCCAGUCUUGAUCAUGGGCUCGCUGGUUCAUGAACCAAUAUACCGUCAAAUAUCCAAUCAUGAAACAAUGGAAAAAACAAAAAACGACGUAGGGAUAAUUCUUAAAACGGAAAUUGUGACACAUAGUUAUGUCUGGUGUGUAACUACAUAUCCACAAUCAGUUCAAAAUUACAACACCAUCAUCCUGUUCAUUCAUCUUCUUGGUCCAUUUCUUACAAACCUCUUCUCUUCAGUAUUCAUCAUUAUUGCAAGUGCUCGCCGACGGGCUGAAGCUCAGAAUCGACAACCGUAUCGAAAACAUCUUCGUGAACAAUGGAGUGAACAUAAACAACUUGUUAUCAGUCCUCUACUGUUACUUCUUCUAUCAACACCACGCCUUGUCAUUUCCUUGCUAUCUGGAUGCACAGAUGUUUCUCGUUAUGCAUGGCUGUAUAUUUCUGCUUAUUUCAUAUCGUUCACACCAUCGAUACUCAUAUUUGUUGUCUUUGUCCUUCCUUCGACUUCGUAUCGGAGUACUUUCAAACAAUCGCUUUUUCGACUUUGUAAAAGAUCAAGAUCAUAG